GCUCUGAUUGGCCGCGAUGAUCUAAGCGGCAACAGCAACCCGAGGUUCCCCGUGACUCCGGAUGCGAGAACGCUUCUUUCUCUCCAUCACCUCGACGUCGUCGGUUGCUCUAGAGUAGCGAAUUGAGGUGCCAGCAUGAUCUCACAAAAGGUUGCGCAGCAGUCGCUGCGGCGAUUGGCUUCGCCCUCGGCUUUGACGUCGUCGAUGGCCAAGUUUGCUUCUCCCGCUGCCAUUGCGACUGGUAGAUAUAUGCAAAUGAGACCAACAUCCUCAACUACAACCACAACCGACCCGACCAAGAUCCUCGCCGAGCAGCGCCUGAACCGACCCGUCGCGCCGCAUCUAACCAUCUACCGGCCCCAGAUCACCUGGUACGCCAGCGCUCUGCACCGCAUCACCGGCUCCCUCGCCUCCGGCAGCCUCUACCUCUUCGCAACCGCGUACCUCGUUGCCCCCGUCGUGGGAUGGCACUUGGAGUCUGCAUCGAUUGCAGCUGCAUUCGGCGCGUUGCCGGUUCUCGCCAAGGUUCUUAUCAAAGCUGCGCUGGCUAUGCCCGUCACCUUCCACAGUUUCAAUGGUGUUCGCCAUUUGAUUUGGGAUUUUGGCAAGGCACUCACGAACAAGCAGGUCAUCACCACAGGCUGGACGGUGGUUGGGCUUAGCAGUGCUGCUGCGCUUGCUCUUGCGCUUUUGUAAAGUCUUUCCUUGAAUUCAAUUUCUUAUUGUUUGUUACAUUAUCGUUAUAUGAGGCAAAUAUAGCAAUAUGAGGAUACAAUUGACUUUGUCACUUGAAUCAACCCAGAUAGUACAUGUAUGCAACCGACAUGUCAAAAUCGGCUCUUGUAUAUGAAAUUAUCAUAUCUAGAAUACAUCUUGAUACAUCUAUACAUGCAUGACAAUACAACAGAGCAGACAACACCUGAAGCACCUAUGGCGAAAUCUCAUGAGGACUGAAAGGGCGCAUUCUCUAUGCCAUUCACCAUUCACCAUUCACCAUUCACGUAGGUCGCUAAUAAGUAAAGCCAUCAAUUAAUGAU